GCACGCAGGGGUGGGGCCUAAGUUAGCGCCGUUCGGCAGGGGUCCCCCGGGCGCUGCCCAGUCUGACUCCGGCGCCGCCAGUUGCGGACGCGUCCUGCUGCAGUAGCUGCCGCGUGCCUCUGCUCCUCCGUCUGACCUGGGCCGUCUGCCCGCAGCCAUGAGCGUGCUCGGCCCCGGUGGAGCCCGCUGUCCUCUAGAUUAGUCCCCGCCGCCGUCCCGGACCCGUUUGCAGCAUGGAGUCUCCCGCCUCGAGCCAGCCCGCCAGCAUGCCCCAGUCCAAAGGAAAGUCCAAGAGGAAGAAGGAUCUGAGGAUAUCCUGCAUGUCCAAGCCACCCGCACCCAACCCCACACCCCCCCGGAACCUGGACUCCCGGACCUUCAUCACCAUUGGAGACAGAAACUUUGAGGUGGAGGCUGAUGACUUGGUGACCAUCUCAGAACUGGGGCGUGGAGCCUAUGGGGUGGUGGAGAAGGUGCGGCAUGCCCAGAGCGGCACCAUCAUGGCCGUGAAGCGGAUCCGGGCCACUGUGAACUCACAGGAGCAGAAGCGGCUGCUCAUGGACCUGGACAUCAACAUGCGAACGGUCGACUGCUUCUACACUGUCACCUUCUACGGGGCACUAUUCCGAGAGGGAGACGUGUGGAUCUGCAUGGAGCUCAUGGACACAUCCCUGGACAAGUUCUACCGGAAAGUGCUGGAGAAAGGCAUGACAAUUCCAGAGGACAUCCUCGGGGAGAUUGCUGUGUCUAUCGUGCGGGCCCUGGAGCAUCUGCACAGCAAGCUGUCGGUGAUCCACAGAGAUGUGAAGCCCUCCAAUGUCCUUAUCAACAAGGAGGGCCACGUGAAGAUGUGCGACUUUGGCAUCAGUGGCUACUUGGUGGACUCUGUGGCCAAGACGAUGGAUGCUGGCUGCAAGCCCUACAUGGCCCCCGAGAGGAUCAACCCGGAGCUGAACCAGAAGGGCUACAAUGUCAAGUCCGACGUCUGGAGCCUGGGCAUCACCAUGAUUGAGAUGGCCAUCCUACGAUUCCCUUACGAGUCCUGGGGGACCCCGUUUCAGCAGCUGAAGCAGGUGGUGGAGGAGCCGUCCCCCCAGCUCCCAGCUGACCGUUUCUCCCCCGAGUUUGUGGACUUCACUGCGCAGUGCCUGAGGAAGAACCCCGCAGAGCGGAUGAGCUACCUGGAGCUGAUGGUGCACCCCUUCUUCACUUUGCACAAAACCAAGAAGACGGACAUUGCUGCCUUCGUGAAGGAGAUCCUGGGCGAAGACUCAUAGGGCCUGGGCCUUGGACCCCACUCUGGCCCUCCCGAGCCCCACGGCCCCAUCUGCAGGGGCAGUGCUCACCCGCACCAUAAGCUACUGCCAUCCCGGCCCAGGGCAUCCAGGAGGAACCGAGAGGGCUGCUCCCACUUGGCUCUGCAGCCAGCCAUUUGUCCCAAGUGCCAAAGAAGCGGACCACCGGGACCUCCAGCCAGGCCCUUAUCGGCCCCGAAGUGCCUCUCUCUCCCUGCUGCUCUGAGGACUGUCUCCAGUUGCUGAGACCCUGGACUGCCGGGGCCUGGACGCCCCUUUGUAUGCUGCUGCCCCUUGCACAGCAGGUGCCUUGAUGCCUGGAUGCCACCCAAGUUGUAUAUUUUUUUAUUCUCUUGACUGAAUGGACUUUGCACACUUUGGCCCAGGGUGGUCACACCUCUAUCCCGGCUUUGGUGCGGGGUCCACAAGUGGGGAUGAGCUAUGUGAAUCCCCCAAGAAUCCCAUGGGGGAGAUGCCAUGAGCCGCCCAAGGCCUUCCCCUGGCACGGGCGAACAGGGCCUCUUCGGGGCACACUGGGUCACCCAGUCCUGCCCGCCACCUUUAUUGGUGUCAUUUCACCUUUUCGUUUUUUUUUAAUUUAUCCUCUGUUGAUUUUUUUCUUUUGCUUUCUGGGUUUGGCUUGUUUUUCUUGCAUGGUUUGGAGCUGAUCACUUCUCCCCCAUCCCCUAAGGCACCAGCAGGCAGAGCCUCACCCUCUGCUCUGGCUGGGAUCUAGUGGGAGGGGCCCAAGUCUCUGCUCAGAGAAGUGCAGGGGGAGCCUUCCAGCUCACUCUCCUUGAGGACUGGCUCCACAGGGGCUAUGGAUUUGCUUUGGUGGUGUUUUAAAAAAAGAAAAUAUAUUUUUUUGAAAAAAGGACUGCCCAUCCUGGGUCCUUUCCUGAUGGGUUGGGGCAGGUACCUGGUUGCUGUUUUAAUUAAAAAAAGAAAACGGCUAAA